AUGAAGGUUCCCAAUUCUUGGGUUGUAAAGGAACAAGCUGGUAAGGAUUGGUUUACAGGAUUUAUAAAGCGCCAUUCAAAUAUUUCCAUUAGGCAACCUGAAGCUACUAGUUUGAGUCGAGCGACAAGUUUCAAUAAGCAGAAUGUUGCAUCAUUUUUUAGCAACUUGCAGCACUGUAUGCAAAAAUACUCGUUCUCACCAAAUGACAUUUGGAACAUGGACGAAACUGCUGUAACUACUGUACAGCAACCUAAAAAGGUUAUUGCGAAAAAAGGAUUAAAACAAGUAGGAGCCAUCACGUCAGCUGAAAGAGGAACUCUUGUAACAUUAGCAUGCGCAAUAAAUGCUAUUGGAAAUAGUAUUCCACCCUUUUUUAUUUUUCCUCGUAAAAACUUUAAAGAUCAUUUCCUAAUCAGUGCACCAACAGGAAGUGCAGGAGAUGCAAAUCCAAGUGGUUGGAUGAAAGAAGAAAACUUUGUAAAAUAUCUUAAACAUUUUGUAGGCAAUACAAAAUGUACUAAAGAAAAGCCUUGUUUAUUGUUGCUUGACAAUCACGAAACUCAUCUUAGUAUUGAAGGAUUAGAUUUGGCAAAAAAUAAUGGAAUAGUAAUGCUUACCUUCCCACCACAUUGCACACAUAAAUUGCAGCCCUUGGAUAAGGCAGUUUAUGGUCCUCUCAAAAACUACAUAAAUACUGCUAUGACAUCAUGGUUAGUAAUGAAUCCUGGAAAAACUGUUACAAUAUAUGAUAUUCCAAAAAUAGUAAACAUUGCAUUUCCAAAGGCUGUAUCUCCCCACAAUAUUUUAAGUGGUUUUUCUGCAACAGGUAUUUACCCGUUAAAUCCUGAUGUAUUUACUGAAAUUGAUUACUGUCCUAACUAUGUAACUGAUCGCCCGGACCCACCUUGUUCACAGGCUGAUUCAAAUAAAAAAGACUGUGAAUCUUAUUCAAUGCAACCAGAACCAUCAAAUAAAAGAUUUAAAGAAUCUAUUCAGAUACCAGGUAAUCAGGUAGACAUAACAAUAGAAGAUCCAGUUGUAUUAAAUAAAACCCCUAAUCAGAACCCAAUCACAACAUUAGGUUUUAACAAUUCAAUCAUACCACCUGAGAGUAUUAGGCCUCUGCCUAAAGCAGGUCCGAGGUUAGCAUCAAAAAGAGAGAGUGAUGGAGGAGAAGAACAAGUUAGUGAAUGUUUAAUGGGAGCUAGUCCAGCCUUCAAAGCAGCGUGA